UCGACGUAAGCGGUCUAGUACCUUCACAAAGGUAACGAUUACGCGACUGCUCAGGUGCUAGAGCGCUUCAGUCAUCUCACCUCCUUGUGAUAAGUGCGGCGUACUUUGUUUGCCGUUAGUAAAUUGGCAGAAUGCGUAUUGCCUUCAUUUUAAGAGCACUCUUUAUUCUUUUAUUUUGCCUGAACCCCGCUGUCCUGGAAAUCGUUAUAGAUUACCCUAUAUCUUUGGCUUAUGGUGAAAUGUCACGCUUCAGCACCACUCUUUGGCUCAAACCAGCCUUCUGCUUUUAUGAACAGUGGCUUGGCCAAGCAGUUGAUAAAACUGUGGUUAAUCGAACCACAGCCACAAUCCAGAUUCAGGUGCUGAGGGAAGGAGAUAAUACAACCUACAAGCUUCCUGUAUUGUACCCAGUCCCUAAAUGUAAUCCUGUAUUUAUUGUGCCACUGCUAAUCACAGAUGCAAAGUAUCAACUGGGGCCCAUUAUAAACUGCCUUAAUGACAGUUGUGAAGUGCAGGUGCUUCCCAACAAGAAAUAUAAGGUUUGCUUCAUGUUGUACAAUGCCAGCCGGACUCUGCUGGCCUCUACAAACUGGUCUGAACCACUGCAGACCAGAGGUGUUUCCCAAGAUUUGGACUUGCUCCAGCUGACUGUAUUUCGCUCCGGAGGAAUGGUUGUCAUUACUGUGCUGCUAAGUAUUGCCAUGGCAAUAUUGGUUAUUUCACUGACUGUUGCUGUGGCUAUGGCCAACAAGUGAGCCAGUCAUACAAAAAAAAAAUCUGCAUUAUUAUAAAUUUAAAUAAAGCCUUAAUUUUCCAUUUAAAGGUAAGAUCUAUGGCUUUACCACAGUCCUAUCAGUCCAUGGAUCCAAUGAUGAUGCUGUCCAUCAUUUUGUCCAUCAGUGACUUUUCCCCCUGGUGAGACAGCAGACCAAUUUGGCAAAAACAGACCUGGGUGCAGGAUUUGCUGGAAAAAUACUACCCAGGGGGCAGUAGAUUGGCAUUGAUAGAGAUGUCUUAUUUUCUCUUCUCUUCAUGUUGAUGGGUCCACUGUUGUUCAAAAUGAUGGACUCCUUUGAUAACAGACCCUCUCCAAUAUAUGUAA